AUGACCUCUUCGACUUCAUCUUCAUCUUCGUCUUCAUCAGCAACAGGAGUAGAUGCGCCACCGCCGGCUGCCGCAUCCACUGUUGUAGAAUAUUCAGAGGUCCAGUUUGGCCGGAUUGCGCUGCAGAUCAAGGAAGCGCUGCAUCGUUAUUGGUUAGAGGAGACAAAGGCCAACAACAGCGGAUUUGAUGAUGGGGCGCAUGUGAUCUUGAUUCUAGACAAGCAUCUGCAGACGUUCCCAUGGGAGUCUUGCCCAGGGCUGCGUUCUGAGGCAGUUUCAAGAGUGCCCUCGAUGUGUUUCCUGAGAGAUCGUAUCCUUCAACAAAAAUAUCUGAUAUCCAAAGAAGAGCGGGGAGAGCAGUGGGGCAGUGAGUGGCGGGACCUGGAGGUGGACCCUCAAAAGACAUUUUACGUGCUUAACCCUGAAGGGGAUCUGAAGAAUACGGAGGACGAAUUCAAGGAAUACGUAGGGAAGCAACAAGGUUGGGACGGAAUCAUUGGGAGGGCGCCUUUGGAUCUGGAAUGCAUCGAUGGUCUCUCCAAGAACGACCUUUAUAUCUACUUUGGUCACUCUGGAGGCGAGCAAUACGUAAAGUCGACCCAGAUCCGACAGCUCGGACAUUGCGCUGUUUCCCUUCUACUGGGUUGUAGUUCAGGACAGAUGCGAGGCGGAGGAGAGUUCGACCCGACGGGUAACGCGAUGAACUAUCUGCUGGCUGGAUGCCCUACAGUUGUAGCCAACUUGUGGGAUGUGACGGACAAGGACCUGGAUCGAUUCAGCAUGGCGGCUUUCCGAGAGGACGAGACGCAGGAGAUGGAGGGAAUCGAGGGCUCUGGAGAGGCGAAGGAGUCAGACAAGACGCAAUUGUCGCUUGUGGAGGCAGUUAAGGAGGCGAGGGAGGAGUGUCGACUGAAGUAUCUGGUUGGGGCUGCAUCGGUGGUCUAUGGUAUACCUUGCUUCCUGAAGAGAAGCAGUACCUGA